UAUGCGCUGCACACGAGUCAGGAACAGUCGUGAAAAUGGCGAGCAGGACCGUGUGUCGAGUUUUCCAGCGACGCUUUGCAUCCGCUGCGGCAGCUCAGCGUCCAUCUCUGGCUGAGGUACGCAGUCAGCGUAACGCCGUCUUCUCCAGAGAGCAGGCCAGGCAGAGAGCUCUGUACCCCCGCAUCGAGAAGAUCGAGGUGUCCAUGCAGGGCCCCGGGCUGGACGGUGCGCUGCUCGUCAUGAACAAAGGAAUGUCCACCCCGCUGAGCUGCGCCAGACAUCUGACGGAGCAUCAUGUGACAAACUCAGCUCUGGCUCUUGUGGACGGAGAACCAUGGCCUCUCCACCAGCCCCUCACCCACUCCUGCUCACUCACUCUGCUCACGUUUAAAGACAACGACCCCACACUGGUCAACAAGGCGUACUGGCGUUCCUGCGCUGCCCUGCUGGGUCAGGUGCUGGAGACCGCCUUCAAGGAUGAUUAUACUGUGGAGCUGCUCAGCACACCGGAAGUGCCAGUCCUCUCUGGGGCCUUCUGCUGUGACAUGGUGCUCGACCCCCAGCUCGACUCGUGGACUCCCUCUGAGGAGUCAUUACGCUCUUUGACCAGAGGAGCCCAGCAGCUCAUCCACCAAGACCUGGCCUGGGAGCCUCUGGAAGUGGCGCCCUCUGUGGCACUGGAGGCUUUCUCACACAGCAGGUGUAAGCAGGAAGAAGUGGAACAGAAAGCAUCUCAAAAUCCCAAAGGCACAGUGAUGCUCUACAGAUGCGGCGACCAUGUACUCCUGAGUGGGGGCCCCCUGGUGGCCAGAACAGGCCUGUGCUCCCAGUAUGAGGUGACGGCCCUCCACAGCCUGGGACAGGGAUCCUGGGGCCUCCAUCGUCGAGCACAGGGCCUCUCCCUGCCUCUGCAGCUUCAGGCUCACCACACAGUCUGGAGGAAACUGAGGCAACGGGCAGAGAAGCUGGUGGAUGUGCCUGAAGUAGCAGCUCCACCAUCUCCUCCCAACUCACCUCAACUUCCAGCCAGCCACUAACCACCUCUGUAACCUUCCACGUAAACACUUUAACUGAUUAGAUCAUUUGUUCAAUAAAUGUAUAAAAACAUG